CACUGUGCAGCUCGGGGUGAAAUCGACUCUUGGCAGGAAAACAGAAUUUGUCAGUUUCCGUCUGCUUCAGACCCUCAACCCAAAAGAGCUGGAGAUCACGGUAGCAAUUGAACAUUGUAUCUCAGGAAUACAACAGCAAAAGGGUCUUUUCAGGCGCCGCCUCCCACCUUCCCACCUCGCUCCCAGCCAGGCUCCCAGCGCGUCACGUGGCAGCGUAGAGCCCGCCUUCAGGUGACGUCACGGCGCUCGCGGGCAACGCGCUGAAGAAAGGAUGCUCUAGGAUGCUGUCCAGGUGGGCGGCCGCGCUGGACGAUGCAGUACUGCAGGAGUAACUAGCAUGGUCAGUGCAGGAGCCAUGAGUGGCUCUGGGAACCUGAUGGAUUUCCUAGAUGAGCCUUUCCCUGAUGUGGGGACCUAUGAAGACUUCCACACUAUCGACUGGCUGAGGGAAAAGUCCCGGGACACUGACAGACACAGAAAGAUAACCAGCAAAAGCAAGGAGUCCAUCUGGGAAUUCAUCAAGAGCUUGCUGGACGCCUGGUCAGGAUGGGUGGUGAUGCUGCUCAUCGGACUGCUAGCGGGCACCUUGGCUGGGGUCAUUGAUCUCGCUGUGGAUUGGAUGACCGACCUGAAGGAAGGGGUCUGUCUGUCUGCCUUCUGGUAUAGCCAUGAGCAGUGUUGCUGGACAUCCAAUGAGACUACAUUUGAAGACAGGGAUAAGUGUCCUCUGUGGCAGAAGUGGUCUGAGCUGCUGGUGAACCAGUCAGAGGGUGCCAGUGCUUACAUUCUGAAUUACCUAAUGUACAUCCUGUGGGCAUUGCUGUUUGCAUUCCUGGCCGUCUCCCUGGUGCGUGUAUUUGCACCAUAUGCCUGCGGCUCUGGCAUACCAGAGAUAAAGACGAUUUUGAGUGGCUUUAUCAUCAGGGGCUACUUGGGAAAGUGGACCCUGCUCAUCAAAACGGUCACCCUGGUGCUGGUUGUAUCUUCUGGUCUGAGCCUUGGGAAGGAAGGUCCUCUGGUACAUGUGGCUUGUUGCUGUGGUAACUUCUUCAGCAGCCUUUUCUCCAAGUAUAGCAAGAAUGAGGGCAAGAGGAGGGAGGUGCUUUCAGCGGCGGCAGCUGCUGGUGUUUCUGUGGCCUUCGGUGCUCCUAUUGGGGGUGUGCUCUUCAGCCUAGAGGAGGUCAGUUACUACUUCCCCUUGAAGACCUUGUGGAGGUCAUUUUUUGCAGCCCUGGUGGCAGCCUUCACACUGCGCUCCAUCAACCCCUUUGGGAAUAGCCGCCUGGUUCUCUUUUAUGUGGAGUAUCACACGCCCUGGUACAUGGCUGAACUUUUCCCCUUCAUCUUGCUUGGGGUCUUUGGGGGCUUGUGGGGAACUCUCUUCACCCGCUGCAACAUUGCCUGGUGUAGGAGGCGCAAAACCACCAGGCUGGGGAAGUACCCAGUGUUGGAGGUCAUCGUGGUGACAGCCAUCACAGCCAUCAUCGCCUACCCCAACCCCUAUACACGCCAGAGCACCAGCGAGCUCAUUUCUGAGCUCUUCAAUGACUGUGGGGCCCUUGAGUCCUCCCAGCUCUGUGACUACAUCAACGACCCCAACAUGACACGGCCUGUAGACGACAUUCCGGACCGUCCAGCUGGGGUUGGGGUUUACACUGCCAUGUGGCAGCUGGCCUUGGCACUGAUCUUCAAAAUCGUCAUUACAAUAUUUACUUUUGGUAUGAAGAUCCCUUCAGGCCUCUUCAUCCCCAGCAUGGCCGUAGGAGCCAUGGCAGGCAGAAUGGUGGGGAUUGGCGUGGAGCAGCUGGCGUACCAUCACCACGACUGGAUCAUCUUCAGGAACUGGUGUCGGCCAGGUGCAGACUGUGUCACCCCAGGGCUUUAUGCGAUGGUGGGAGCUGCAGCUUGCCUAGGUGGAGUGACCAGAAUGACAGUGUCACUAGUAGUCAUCAUGUUUGAGUUGACUGGAGGUCUGGAGUACAUCGUACCCCUGAUGGCAGCAGCCGUCACUAGCAAGUGGGUGGCUGAUGCCUUCGGGAAAGAAGGUAUCUAUGAGGCCCACAUCCACCUGAAUGGCUACCCAUUUCUUGAUGUGAAGGAUGAAUUCACCCACCGUACCCUGGCCACUGAUGUGAUGAGGCCCCGGCGGGGAGAGCCACCAUUGUCAGUGCUCACUCAGGACAGCAUGACCGUGGAGGAUGUGGAGACUCUCAUCAAGGAGACAGAUUACAAUGGCUUCCCAGUGGUGGUCUCCAGGGACUCUGAGCGCCUCAUUGGGUUUGCCCAGAGGCGUGAACUGAUAUUGGCUAUAAAAAAUGCCAGACAGAGGCAGGAGGGCAUUGUGAGCAAUUCCAUCAUGUACUUCACGGAGGAGCCCCCUGAGCUACCAGCCAACAGCCCACACCCGCUGAAGCUCCGGCGCAUCCUGAACCUGAGCCCUUUCACAGUCACGGAUCACACCCCCAUGGAGACGGUGGUAGACAUCUUCCGGAAACUGGGUCUCCGACAGUGCUUAGUGACCCGGAGUGGUGGGACAGAGAUGGACUCAGCAGUCAGUGGCACACAUAUGUGGCAGUGGAACUUUUCUGCAAAGAAGUUGUGCAUAUCCUCUUCUGUGGAACUAUUCCCUUCAGUUGGAGGCAUGAUUUGCUACUAUGGAGACUUCUUGGGAUCAUCACAAAAAAAGAUGUUCUGAGACACAUGGCCCAGAUGGCAAACCAAGACCCUGAAUCCAUCAUGUUUAAUUAGCAACAAGGUGGCAAUUAUUUCGAGAAGACCACUGACUAUAUCAUUCUAAAUGAAAUAAUUGUAUAACACGAUCCAAAUGAAAGACCAUGUUCUGGGGACAGCAGAAACAAAAGCUUUGUUUAAAAGGAGAGGAAGAUAGACACAAUUUUUUAAAAAGCAAAACCAUAAAUAAGUAGGCAUUUUAUAGCUAUAACCCCUUAUGAGUUCCAAGUGGUGUUUCUUAAUGAGUUUACUAAGUGCUGCAGGGGCAUGUGGGAAGGUGUAAACGAUGUGGUUUACCCAAGGACACAGAGCUCCUUCACGAUGUGGUUUACCCAAGGACAUAGAGCUCCUUCACUCACAUAAACUCCUUCACUCAAGGCUGAUGUUUGUAACUUUGGAGCAUAUGUGAAGAUUUGAGGGCCCCCCAAAAAACAACAACAACAACAAAAGGCAUAUCAGCAUGCCAGUGUCCUGAUUUCAUGGUACCUGAAAUUUUGCUGCUAUGCUAGUGAGUCCUACAGAAGACACUGCACUUCCUUUGCUGGAGCAGAAAAGGAAAGGAAAUGGAGUUGCCUAUGGUGGAAGCUGCAAGCAUAUCCCAGUGGGUCAGCUUCUGACCAUAUCAUUUUUUUGCUCUUGUUCUCAGCCUGCUGUUUUGCUGGUUUUGGAGCCAGCAUCAGAGGAGCCUGCCAUGAUGAACAUGAAGAAACCAUUUCUUUGUGAAAGAAAGACCAGUCCCUUGGGAUGAGAGGAAGAACUAUAGGAGCAUGUAGUAUUAUGUGGACUUUCAUCUCAUGCAAGGGGACAAAGAUUUAUUUUGAGGGAACACACACAUUGAUUGGUAUCCCGAUUGCAUCAUUUAUUUAUAUUAUUGCUUGUGCAUUCUUAAAUAUUGAUCAGUGUAGCACUUUCUGUGGAUUGUGGCCUGUGUGUUUCCAGUUUGCUGUAGUGUGUUUGAAUUUCCAAGCAGCAUGUAUAAGCGUCGAUACCAGCAGCCCAAUGUUUCUACUUAUUUCUCCUCUCAGGUCUUUUCAGAUAUAGCCAUGAUGAGGGUGAGGCAUAAGAGUUCUCAGUGGGAGCUCUUCCAAAUGGAUUACAAGAGAAAUACUAAAUUGAUUCUAAAUCUGUUUCAUUCUCUUCUCUGUAGGAUGCAAAAUGUCCAGUUUUAAGGCCUAACUGUGUAGUUUCAUACUAGCAAUCACAGCAUAGAAAGGACAGGGUUAUAUUUUAUACAGCUAAUUUAAUCAUUGGGCAUCUUUGUAUUUGAACUUAAUGACACUUAAUUCAUUGAGCCAGCACUUCUGUCUUUUCUGCAGGAAGGAAUUUAACCAUUUAGGUCUAUUUUGUGAUGUAUAUAAGGUUUAUGUCACUUUGUCUUUGUCUCUCCGUUUUCUGUGAAUCAUCCUCACCCUUUGUCAUCUCAUUGUCAUUGGGUAUUGAUGUAGCCAGCACAUGUGCAUUUGAGUGUAUAUAACAGAAAUCCCAACUGACAGACUGAAUAGGAAACCUGGGAGAUGGUCACCCUGGGACUCUCCAAACUCUAGGUAUUCCUUCUCCAUCAUCCUUUAUCCUCUGUUUUUUGGCUGUUGGCUUCUGAUUGUAAGAUGGUUGUGAACUGUUAGGUAUUAUGUCAGCUUGGUAUGUGGGAAGAGGGAAGAUAAGGUGAGUAACAAGAUACAAUCAAUGUCUAUGUCAGAAAAACAGAGCUUUCCCAGAGUUGCUCAGCAUGUAAACAUUAGUUUAAUUCUGUCACAUAGUCCCAUUUGUUCUAUGUGAAUCUGGGAAGGAACACUAUUAGCUAGGCACAGUACUCUCUGAAUAAAAUUUAGAUUGUCUUAAUAUGGAAAGGGGUUGGUUCUUGGGAAGGGGAUAUAUCUGCCAUAUUAAAUUACAUCAUUGUAUCUCUGUCACCGUCUUUUGUGUCAUCCCGCCUCAUUCUUGACAAUUCUUCCAAACUUUCUUCCAAUAUUUUAGCUUCCUAUUCCUUGUCUCAGAUUUGACCUAGAAUCCCAAACAGAAUCCACCAUUUAUAAGUCCUAAGAAAAAUCUUCUUUUUCAAUAAAACCUAGUUGCAUGUAAAUUUCUAUGAAUUUUCUAGUUAUAAGAAAUACAUAUUAUCCAGAACCAAAAAUUCUAAGUUGGAUUAUGCUGACAACUGUGGAAAACUACAAUUCCAUUUAUUUGUUUCUAUAACUAAUCAGUCCCCUCCAAGGUCAUAUCAAGUAGCCACUUCAAUGUGAAAAUAUCUAGAUAAUGGUAGAGAACUUGAGUUUGGAUCUAAGAGUGAAAUUCACUAUCUUAUUCACAAUCUUUAAGUAAUACAUCCUAUUUCAAGUGAAGAUGAAUUGUCCUGGAGUAUAAAUUCUAAGUCUGAAAGAUUGUUUCAUAUAGUUCCCCUCUUAUUCCCAGGUGGCUUCUCUCUCAGCAGCCCUGUAAUGGAAAGGCAGCAUUAGUCAUAGAAGGACAUCUUAUUAUUCAGAAGACCCUUUUAGUGAAGCAGGUAGCUUCAAAAAUAAUGUAAGACAGUGAAAAGAUAGCCAAAUGUCAGUGAAACCACAAAACUGCUUUCUAAUCCAGUGGAGGAAAAUUAAAGGAUAAAGUGACUCUGGGACAAAGUUACUUAUGGAGGAACUGGAACACUGUACCUUUCUCCCCAGUGCUUACCGUAGACAUGUCCAGGAACACAGAGAAAUGGUUGAAAAAGUGGCAUAACUGAACUAAGCCAGCCUUCUUUCCUACUACAAAUUGAUCUGCUCCUAUUCAGAUAGGCAGGCUAAUGUCAAGGAUAGGGAGCUAUUGUGAGGAUUGCCACAGUGAAUGGCCGCCCUCCAGGAAGCCCAUUGACUAAGGUCUCCUGCAAGCUCCCUGGGGAAUAUACUUGCCUGUUCUUUGUCAUUCUUUCUUGUGAAAGUACACAGAUAAAGGACUUUGAUGGCAUUUUCUGUAUCCCAGUGUACAGCUUCCAUCAUUUAAUGUAGUGAUCUGAUAGAACUGGAAAAUGGAGGUGAAAUAAACAUCUUUCAGAAUA